CCACAUCUUCAAACAAAACGCAACCGCUGAGUAUUCUGACCCAGGCUUCAGGAUGCGAAGCCCGCUCAGGUUGGUCUGCAACUUUUAGUCCUGCUCGGCGCGGUAGAAGACGGCGGAGUUACACAGGGCAGAGGCCGCGCUAUCUCAACCCCCGUUCACAAUCUGACGUGCGCCAAGACAUUGCCUCAGUGCCUGCAGCAACCGAGUGUUUCAGCGUCAGUUCACAUCACCCCGCGCCGAAGACAGUACGCCGCGCAUGUCGUGCUACACCGUCGGAAAUCAGGAGCCUGACAUGUUUCGACCAGACGCUCCGCUGCUCGAAUGCCUGCACCGACAUGGCUGCGGAGCUCGCCUGCAAACGGCAGCGGCCGCCGCUGUCUCUCCAAUUCCCCUUAAGUAAAGUAAAGACUGCAGGCGCGCCGGUUCUUCCCUCCCAUAUCCAAUGCCGAUCCUCUACUACCUCCGCAAGGCGGUGGACGCGUUCGCGCCGCCGCCAAAAAAGUCGACAGAUGGCCGCGACCAGUGGCCGUCGCGCGGGGCGUUCCUCCUCGCCGCCAUGGGCGGGUGCGCCGGGCAAGGUAACCUCCUCCGCUACCCGUCCGUUGUGUACAACAACUACGGACUACAGUGGUUCAUCCCCUACCUGUUGGCGGUGACGAUGAUCGCCAUCCCCGCCCUCAUCCUCGAAAUUAGCAUUGGGCAGGCGUACCGUGGCGGCACGGUCAUCGCGUUCAACAACAUCCACAAGAGGCUUAGGGGUGUUGGCCUCGGGCCAGUCAUCGUGAGCUUCAUUGUCACGCAGUAUUUCACGGUCAACCUCGCGUGGAUCAUGGUCUACUUCCGGCACAGCUUCACCUCGCCCUUGCCAUGGACGGGCCGUAUCGAGGACUUUUACAACAACGAUGUCAUUGCCAACCCGGAACCAGUAAUGGGUGCUCUGUCGGAGAACGGCAAGAGCGUGUUGUCGUUCACAAGUUAUCCCGAUAUCAAGUUGAUUGGCGAGACCGUGGGGUGGUCCGCUUUUGUCUGGUUCCUGAUCUGGAUCUCGAUUUUCCGUGGCGUCGGCUUGACGGGCCGCGUGGUGUACUUUACGAUGGGUCUUCCGAUAGUCACGACCAUCAUCUUCGUGGGUCGCUCGCUCUCGCUGGAAAACGCCAGCGCCGGUGUCCGCCUCGUGUGGGCAACAUGGCGCUCCGACCAGCUGCGCUCCGGCACGGUGUGGCAGACGGCCGUGGGCCAAGUUUUCUUCUCCACUGGUGUCGGCUUUGGCUACUUCACCUCGUACGCAAGUUACAACCAGAAGCACAGCAACGCGGUCAUGGACGCGUUGUUGAUCUGCGGCUCGAACGUGCUGUUUGAGAACUUUGCCGCGUUCGCGGCCUUUGGUGUGAUCGGCUACCUCCGGCGCUGGCCGCAAGACGGCGUGCGCCUCGGCGCAUUCGUCCUCGGCUUCCUCACGCUGCCUGAGGCAGUCCUGCAGAUGCCCGGCUCCAACUUCUGGGCCGUGCUCCUCUUCUUCACCCUCAUCGUCCUGGGCUUCUCGAGCGCGUUUGUGAUGCUCGACGUCGUCGCGACCAUGUGGGUCGACUCGGGAUCCAAGCUCUCGCGUCCCACCAUCGUCACGACCUUGACGCUCAUCUCCUUCCUGAUGUGCUUGCCCUACUGCACACAGUUCGGCUACUACCUCCUCGACGGCAUUGACCGGUGGAUCAACAAUGUGGCGCUUAUCUGUGUCGUGUGGUCCGAAGUCGUCAUGUCUACCACCGUGUACCGCUGGACCGAUGUGACGGACCAAGUCGGCCUCCCAGCAUUUAUCAUCUACAACGUCGGCUUCUUUGGCGGGCAGAUCUUCGGCAUCGCGUUGGCCCACGGCAUCGGGAACCCAGGCGCCGGCGCCGGCGCCGGCAUCGGGUUCUGGGCCCUCCUGACGGUGAUCGCGUGCGUCAUCGCGCGCCAGCCCAUCUCGCCCGCCCCGCGCAAGUGGAACCGCCGCUUCCUCGACCGCUUCUGGUACCUCGCCUUCUACUCUGGCAACCAGCUGCGCCGCGACCUCAACGUCAUUGUCGGGCAAGGCCGCAACUGGAAGAUCCCCUUCUUCCUGCCCUUCUUGUGGCGCUAUGUGUCGGGCCCCGUCCUCGCCAUCAUCUUCAGCUUUGCGUUCCCCGAGUUCCACACGCUGCGCUACGACCCCAUGAUGAUCGCCGGCUUCAUCCUCUCCAUCCUCACGCUUACGGCCAUGAUCGUCGGGUUCGUCAUGCCCCGCUACUACGGCAAGUUCAUUGCGCCGGAGCGUCGCGACGAGGGCCAAGAGCCCACCACGGCCAACACGCUCAAGCUCGAGCCCACCGAAUCAGUGCUCUCCAUGGAGGCCUCGUCAAUAGACGUCGAGACGGACGUGGUCAGAGAAAAGUAGGGUACGAUAGGUCGGGCUGUAUCUUGUAUGAUAUACACGAUGUUUUGUUCUUGCC